CCCGCCAUGUUUGUGGCCAAUCACAAUUCCUGGAUGGAUAUACCCUACCUGGGCUCCACGAUUGGCUGGAGAAACUACAAAAUCAUUGCAAAAAAAGAACUCAGUAAGGUCCCGGCCCUCGGCAAAGCUAUUUACCUCGGUGGGCACGUCAUGGUGGAUCGUACGGACCGCAAGUCGCAGCUCAAAACUUUGAAAACUGGUAUUCAAUAUCUCAAAGACGGUGUCCAUCUAUGCACCUUUCCCGAAGGCACUCGCUCUCGUACCGGCAAGGUUCUCCCCUUUAAGAAUGGGGCUUUCAAAAUGGCCUACAAGGCUGGUGCUCCCAUCAUCCCGUUGUCCAUUGUCGGCGCCAACAAGAUGAUGCCGGCACACUGGAUGUUUCCCUUCCGAUCAGGCCACGGCAUCACCAAAGUCAUCGUCCACGAUCCGAUU